AUGUCUUUCGGCAAGACCGUCAAGCUCAAUUCCGGCCACACCAUCCCUCGUGUUGGAUACGGUACCUGGCAGGCUGCCCCUGGAGAGGUCGGCAAUGGCGUUUACGAGGCGCUCAAGACCGGCUACCGCCACCUUGACUUGGCCAAAAUUUAUGGCAACCAGAAGGAGGUUGGUGAGGGCAUUAAGCGUGCCUACGCUGAAGUUCCCGGUUUGAAGCGCGAGGAUAUCUUUAUCACCUCCAAGCUGUGGAACAACAAGCACAGGCCCGAGGACGUUGAGAAGGCGCUGGACGACACUCUGGCUGAGUUGCAGUUGGACUACCUCGAUCUGUACCUCAUUCACUGGCCUGUUGCCUUCAAACCUGGCGAGGACAAGUUCCCCAAGGUUGCCAAUGGCGAAGUUGACAUCGACCGUGGCGUGACCAUCUCACAGACCUGGAAGGCUGUGACUGAGCUCCCCAAGACCAAGACCCGCUCCGUCGGAGUUUCCAACUUCAGCAUUGAGCAUCUCGAGGGCGUCAUCGCCGCCACUGGCGUCGUCCCCGCCGUCAAUCAGAUCGAACGUCACCCUCGACUUCCCAACGCCCCCCUGAUCGAGUACUGCGCCAAGAAGAACAUCAUCAUCACCGCUUACUCCGCUUUCGGCAACAACAGCUGGAACGUUCCUCUGCUUGUCAAUACCCCCGAAGUCAAGACUAUCGCCGACCGUCUCGGCGCUGCUCAGGGCAAGACCGUCACCGCCGCCCAAGUCAUCAUCGCCUGGUCGGUCCUCGGCAACCACACUGUCAUUCCUAAAUCCGUCACUCCUUCUCGCAUUCGUGAGAAUUUCCAGGAAGUCGAGCUUGAUGAGCAGGCCAUCCAGGACCUCAAGAAGCUUGGCGAGACUCCUCAGCGCUUCAACGUUCCUACUACUUACGACCCGAAAUGGAACAUCAACGUCUUUGAUGAUGAGAAGGACAAGAACGCUGCUCUGCAGGUUCUUAUCAAGUGA